AACACGUUUUCCUGCUUUUUUUCUCUAGUGUUAGAUCAUGUCAAUAAGAACUUUAUUUUGUCAAAAGCCUAAAGUGUCCGAGGUACUGACGGCAUAUUUAAAACAGUGCAAUGAACCACCGUGGACGUCCUAUUUCAUCAAGUACCGGGACGUCGCAAACGAUCACUUCGGCCGGUCACAUUUCAACUGGACUUUGGACACGGGAACAAACUAUCAUAUAUUGCGCACCGGUUGUUAUCCCUAUAUGAAAUAUCAUUGUACCAAGCGGCCCGUUCAGGACCUCACCGUAGACGAUACGUUUUUUCGAUUUAUUAAAGUCAUCAAUCUUGGCCUUCCGCAGCUCGGGUACGGAUUUGCGGCCCGUUUUCUGAUUCGACACGUGGAAUGGGUGGAUAUGGGAGCGAAGUACGGCAAAGUACCCAUUUACUUCCUCUACGAAGAAGAUAAAGGUUCGGAGUAUUAAUAGAGUAGAACGUGCGUUCGUCAGAUCCGAUUUGUAAAGUUGAGUUGACCAAAUUAUUCUUUUUUCCAAAUUAUGAUGAGAAAAACGUUGUAAAAUGUACGAAAUAAAACAAAAACAUCA